AUGAACCAGAAGCCAACGCCUAUUAGCACCCUGAACCUGUCAAGGCCGAAGGUAGUGGCGAGCAGUGAAACCGAUGUCAAUGUAGCUAUGUUGUCAUCACCAUCACAUGGUUCAGCAAUGGCAAGGUUUGACCCAAGACAUUAUGAUGACAGACACCACAGCCUCACAUGGUCACUGGAUCAACUAAGGAAGCUUAAAGCUAGUUUUCCCCUUAAAGGAAUGGCUCAUCUCUGGAACAUCCCAGACACUGGUGUCCCAAGUGUAGUGGAGAAUGAAGUAGAGGUGACUACAGCUGUACACCCACUGCAUCUGAAAAUGGAAAUGAUGGUGUUUUCAGAUGGGAACUGUAAGUUGAAAGUGUGUUCAAUCAUAUAUAACAAAGACCUAAACAUAGAUUAA